CGCGGGGUUAGUAAAAGUUGGGAUCGGAGCUCCGGAGAGAGAGAGGCACCGACAGCAGGAGAAAGAGAGAGAGAGAGAGAGAGAGAGAGAGAGAGAAACCGGGGCAAUUAUACGAACACUUCAUCGGCUUUAAAGCGAACAUUAAACACACAGAAACACUUGUUUGUUGUUGAGGAUAAACCGGGAGUCGGAGACAAACAGUGACACCGGGAGAGGACAGAGGGGGUAGGCGACUUUCUCUGAAGUUGAAGCCACAAUUUCGCUCGUUGAAGGAGGCAGCGACCCGUGUUUUUUCCCCCUGGAUUUGUCAAACGAAAGAGGAGGGAAACGCGGCUUCGUCUAUGGCACGAGUUAAAUGAGUAGAAAGUUGAAGUUUCGCGGCAGUCGGUAAAUGUUGUGACAUUUUAGGACGGCGUAAUUUCGCUCCAGCGGUCGACGGUCGAGUGGCGGGGUAAAACCCAAGCUGUCAAACCCGAUGACUACUGCAAACUGCCCCGGGAAUGAGGAGCUGGACUUCAGACUGAUCUUUGGAGAGGACGGGCAGCAGCAGCCGUUAGGCCCCGCAGAUCUGGAGCCUGAUGACAGCACAUCGUUCUAUAUCCUAAAUGUAGGCCAGCCCCAGUCUAUGGUCUCUAACCACCAGUCUAUUGGCUUGCCACGUCAUGGCAUGCAGUCUCACUCCCAGGUCAUCAACACUUCGCCACGCCUUCAGUCACACAAACCAGGACCUGAACUCCCGAGCUAUGAGGCCCAAGACUCCAAGUAUGCCACCUCCCCCCUGUUGCCCUCUGCUCCUGUGGAGGCACCGAAGGCCUUUGAGUGCCCCAGUAUUCAGAUCACCUCCAUCUCCCCCAGCUGCCAGCAGGAGAUGGAUGCCAAUGAGGAAGAUCUGAGGGCCAAUGGCCCUGAUGGGGAUUACCACGGUGAAAGGCCUUUGUCCAGAGACCACCUGUAUUUGCCGCUGGACCAUUCAUACCGGGACUCUUCGCUCAGCCCCAGCCCAUGCAGCAGUCUCUCCUCAAGAAGCUGGUUCUCUGAUGCCUCCUCUUGUGAAUCAUUCUCACACGUCUAUGACGAUGUUGACUCAGAGCUGAAUGAAGCAGCUGCCCGGUUUACCCUGGGCUCCCCGCUUACUUCCCCAGGUUGUACCUCCCCUCAGACUGGGGGUGGAGUUCUGGAGGAGCAGCCCCACUGGCAGCACCACCACCACCCUGCCUUUGUUCACCACUCCCACUCAAUCAGCCUGUCUCCCCGACAAUCCCCCUGCCACUCGCCACGCACCAGUGUCACUGAUGAAAAUUGGCUUAGCCCGCGUCCACCUUCCAGGCCUUCCUCUCGUCCCACCUCACCCUGUGGGAAGAGGCGUCACUCUAGCGCAGACAUCUGCUAUCCCGGCUCAUUGUCUCCUCAUCACUCACCCACACCCACGCCAGGACCGUCACCUAGGGGCAGCGUGACAGAGGACACUUGGGUUGGCAGUCCUUCUGUUGGCAUGUCACCCUUUCAGUGCUGCCCAUCUGAGGCAGACAUCCCCUCCAAAACAAGGAAGACCUCACAAGACAGAACAGCUAUGCAGACUGGGAAAGGGGAACUAGGGCUAGAUGACCAAGGAAAUAUGUCUCCUAAUCUAGACUCACCUUCAGAUGAGGCCCUCCACAGCCUGAAGAAGGAUGGGCCUGCAGAACAGUUCCUCUCAGUACCCUCCCACUUUUCAUGGAAUAAACCCAAGCCUGGUCAUACACCUAUAUUCAGGACCUCCUCACUGCCUCCUCUAGAUUGGCCACUGCCAAGCCAGUUCAGCCAGUAUGAACUGAAGAUAGAGGUGCAACCCAAAGCCCACCACCGAGCACACUAUGAGACUGAGGGCAGCAGGGGAGCCGUCAAAGCAGCAUCUGGUGGCCAUCCAAUCGUCAAGCUCAUUGGCUACAGUGAGAAGCCUGUCAACCUGCAGAUGUUCAUCGGAACAGCAGAUGACCGUUACUUGAGGCCGCACGCGUUCUACCAGGUGCACCGGAUCACCGGAAAAACUGUAGCUACAGCCAGCCAAGAAAUUAUUGUCUCCAGCACCAAAGUUCUUGAAAUUCCUCUCCUUCCUGAAAACAACAUGUCAGCCAGUAUCGACUGUGCUGGCAUACUCAAGCUGCGGAACUCGGACAUCGAGCUGCGGAAGGGGGAGACGGAUAUUGGACGGAAGAACACACGGGUCCGCGUGGUGUUCAGAGUGCACAUCCCUCAACCCAACGGGAAGGUGCUUUCGCUGCAGGCUGCCUCCAUUCCUGUGGAGUGCUCCCAGCGUUCAGCUCAAGAGCUGCCCCAGGUUGAGAAAUCCAGCCUGACCAGCUGUCUGGUCAGCGGGGGAGAAGAGAUGGUCAUCACUGGCUCCAACUUCUUCCCGGAGUCCAAGGUCAUCUUCCUGGAGAAAGGCCCUGAUGGACGACCACAGUGGGAAGUUGAGGCAAAAAUAAUCCGUGAGAAAACUCAGGGUUCAUGCAUUGUGGUGGAGGUCCCUCCCUACCAUAGUAAGACUGUGAGCUCAGCUGUGCAGGUGCAGUUUUAUGUCUGCAAUGGAAAGCGGAAAAGGAGCCUAUCACAACGCUUCACUUACCUUUCAGUGAUGGUUAAACAGGAGCACAGAGACGAGCUGGACCUUACUGCUGUACCCCCCAUUUCCAUGCCCCUGGCACAUGCUGCCACUCUGGUGCGCACCCAGCUGCCUUCUCCUGACCAGGGCCACCCAUCGGACAACCUUCUGUCCAGCUCCCCUCACGGCCUGGGCACGGGCUCCGGACCUGCUCUGCUCCCCCUGCAGGCUCCCUGCCCCUCCCUGGGCUCCCCGUCUUUCCAGCACCUGCCUCACCUCCAGGGUCGCAGUUUGCACCACUCCCCUGCCGACUGCCACAUGACGUUCCACUCGAGCUCUGGUCCUGCUCCUCUUGCUGCCCCUCCCCAGCCCUCCUACCAGCCUUUGCAACACAGCCACAGUCACGGUCAUAGCCUGUCCUUCAACGGCCAGCCCAGCCUUCCUCCUCAGAGCUAUGAGAGAAUGCCCUUUCAGCAAAGCCCCAGUGCAGCAUCACACCCGAUGGGCAUGGGAAUGGUGUACUCCACGUCCCCUUGCUCCUCGCCGUCAGGUCCCUCCUCCUCAUCUACCAAUCCCAUUGCUGGAUCCCCGCAGAGCCAGCAGCCCCUGCUCACCCCUUCAUCCCCACAUCUCCACACUCUCGGAGGCUAUCACUGCUCUCCAAAUCCCACCCAGGUUCCCUCUCCAGGUGGACACCCCCUUGCAGGGCAGCACUCCUCACAGCUGCAGAGGGCCAUGGGCUACCACCCAGUUAGUCAAAGGUCAGCUUCGUGUCCCACACCGUCCAGCGCCCCUCCACCACGGAUGAUCCCCUCUCCCCACUCUGGGCCUUCAUCUCCUCAACUCCACUCCUUGCCCUAUCAAUCUCCCACUUCAUCCUCCCCCACCUCAGGUGGCAGUCCUUUGGGGGCCCUGCAACAGCAGCAUUCAGGACAGCCUUCCCCCCAGGCUACAAGCCCAGUCAUGACUAGCUUGUCCCCAGCAGCAGUGGGGCCUCUUGUUCAUCCUUUAAGCCCUCAAGGACCUUUCCCCUCAGACGGGGAGAGGCUGAACAUUAAACAGGAGCCAGAAGACAGAGAGCCCACCUUCCGCUCCAUUGGCCUGCAAGACAUCACGUUGGAUGAUGUAAAUGAGAUAAUCGGCAGGGACAUGUCCCAGUCCCCCGCCACUCGCGGUCCUCCAUCAGCACACAACCAGUCAUAGCUCAGCCCUGGCUCAAGCUCUGACGCCGCUCGUGCACCAUGCCCUCCAGCUCUCAACCCUGCAAACUCCACAGCCCCAACGUAGACCCAGAUCCUGGUCCAGGUGCUGGUCCUGUUGGGAGAGGAGAGCUGAAGAGACAACUGGGUGGUCAAAGACAGGAGACGACUGGUGACUCCGUUAAAGUCACACGGACGUGCACGACCACCAGCCUGAUGAGAAGACUCUUCUUUGAUUUCAUUUAAAACUGUGUUAUUUCUCCUGUUUAGAGAUGAUGAUACAGAACUGACAGCUUCAACAGAAAUGUGAGCAGGAGAUCAUAGCCAUGUGGAGUUAGAAUGAGGCUGAUGUAGUUGGAGAACAACGCUGGAGAAGCAAAACGUGCUUUCUCUUCAGCUCUUUAGCUGUCUGUAAGUUCUCAGGCUUGUGUCGGUCUCUGACCCUUCAAAGCACCGCUGUCUUCCUGACCAAUCAGCUCUGUGAGUCUGGAGCACUCGCUUACAGCAGAACGGAGGGUGUCGCCCUCUCACCAGCAUCGACCUUCAUGAAUGAAGAUGUCUUGUAAGAAUGCGAGACACUCAGUAGCGCACAGUGUUGCCACAGGGAGCCAGAGCUGUGUUUGAGUCUCAUUCAGAGGGAUGUUUUUGUGGAGUUUCUCAGGCAACAUUGUUAAAAACAAAAAACAUGAGGAUGCUAAAAUUUCCAGAAUGCUACAAAUCAAGCUGAGUGAACAUCAGUAAAAGUGUGGCGUGAUCAAAUUGGAUCACCAAAUCAAAUCUGACCAGCCUGAAUGAUCACAGUGCCCGUAAUCAGUAAAACAAAUCUUUCAGAGGGAUCUCAAAUUUCUCGCUGUCGAGCUAAGAAAGUAGAACUUGUGAAGCGGCGUCCACUCCUGGUUUUUCCCCUUUUCAAACGGUAAACCUAUUCAGGUCUGGAGUGCAGGAGCCCGGCAGGAAGGACGAGCUCCCGUGAUGCUGGUCUUGGAUCUGCAAACCUGCGACAUUCCACAACUUUUAGUAACCUUGCAGCCGUGUAGAUAACUGUACAUUAUUUCCCACUUUUUUCCCUUCUGUCUCUUCCCAACCCAUUCUUUGCUCCCCCUCCCUCUCCUGUGUUUCCUCUUCGAUUUGAACAAAUGCCUUAUAAACAUUUAGCAGCUUUGAAAGGUAGUGAAAGCUUUUUGUUGUUGUUUUGAACAGCAGGCUUUAAGUUUGACAGUAAUACUUUUUUAGAAAAACGGGUGUGCAAGUCGGGUCGUGUGGAUGUGAUUUCAUGAAUCCUGAUGAGGGAUGUUUGAAGAUAUACAAAGAUCUCGUUUUGAGUGUUUUCAUUGGUCCACAGUGGCAGAGCUCGCUGCCUCUGAAAUUUCUAUUCAUGCAAUAACUCCCCAAAUCUCACAGGGGGCCUCUGUGUGCCUUCUAAGUCCUAACAGCCACCAUGCAAAAUGCUGGGAUGGCAGCCUGGGUGGCUUUUAAAAUAAUCUGACCGAAGUUUUCAAAGCAUUUUAUACACACACACAUCUAUAUAUUCCAUUUCUGUAUUGUGUCCCAUUCUGUAAUGAACAAGGUAAAAUCCCAGAGUCCAGACAACAACAUCUGGAUAGAAUGGGGUCUUCCACAUCCCCCCUUUUUUUCCAACAAUUUCCUAUGAAAUAUGCAGUGCCAGUAUGGCAGCAAUAACACAAACUCGAGUGUUUUCAGACAGGCUUCUAGUCAGAGAUGAAGUGGGUUAGAUUUUGUUUUUAAAGAUUCCCAUCGGCUUUUUUUUUUUUUUUUGCCUUAAGCUUGACAAUGAUGCUCCUGCAUGUGAGAGCUGAGGAGUGUUGCUUAUGAUGGUUUGAAGUCAGUUUCCAGGUGAAAAUGAUUCUGCUAUGCAUUCAAAUUCUGCCUAAUGCCUUUAAAAAAAUGACAAAAAAGACAAAAAAAGACCUUGAUGCCUAUAGAAGUAGACUGUAGACUUGUAGAUGCUUGAUUGAUUCUGUUAGCAUCGUGGAUUUGUCCAUCAGCCAAUCUGCCUUGUCGAGGACACAGUGCAAGCAUCUUAAUAGGUUCAGGUGUGUGUGUGUGUGAGAGAGAGAAUGUGUGUUGACGGAUGCUUGGUGUUUGUACCAAAUAUGCUGUACAGAAGACAGGAGUCCUAUUUUCAACAACAGAAGCACACACAUGUAUUUAGGCUAUGCAAACUGUAACAGCAGCAAAUGUGAGAAAUGAGAUUAUAAAGUAUUUGUAAAGUUGCUUAUGAACUUCACAGAGAAAAAAAAUAAACCUUCAGAUAGUGAGAGUAUCAUGUCACUAUGUAAACUAUUAGGAUGCCUUAACUCUUGUUUGAAAACCAGUUUGUCGGUGUGUCAGUAUGCUGUUGUGGGUUGAUUUUCUUUCCCCUUGACUAAGACGCAAGUCGGUAAUUAUUAUAAAUAUUUUUGUUUGUUUUGUGGGGGCACAGGGUGGACAUUAAGCGUUGGGUGGGAGAACUGAGAUGGUUUUUUUGCAUAUAAAGUUGGUUCUGCAGCUUGAAAGACUUGAGUCGACAAAAAAGAGAAAAAAAAAAAAAGAAACAAAACCAGCAUUGACAGUAAACUCUGGCUGCCGUCCUCUUCUGUCACAACCAAAGACCGAACAAUAUGUUCCCAUUUUACAUGAUAGUAAAGCAACAGAGACUGUACAACUCUAUUUUUGAUACUUUGAAAUGGAUGUCAUUCCUAAAAGGUUGGGGACAUGUAUGACUGUCUAUAUAUAUAUAUAUAUAUAUAUAUAUAUAUAUAAACACAAAUAUAUAUAUGAAAUUGUUUUGUAAAAUAAAAGGGAAAUACAGGUUUAGCUGAUGUUUACCAAGCCUUGUAUUGUCAUUUCUUGUAUAUUUUGUAUGUUAAAUUUUUGUAAUUUUUAAGACUGCAGUGCUUUUUGAAAUUAUUCAAAGGGAAUAAUACCUUGCAUCAUACUGUAGGCUCUAAAGUAGUGUAUGUCAAUAAAAGAGAAAACUCA